CCCUCCACCACGUCCCGCCGUCCUGCUAUCUCAGCUCCCCGAGCGAAUCUGUCUCCAGCCCGUCGUCGACUGUUGCACUUCUCCGCCUCACCCGUUGCCGCCCCCGUCAUCUGGCUGCGCGUUUGUUUCCUCGCCAGAUUCCUCGGCGCCUCGUUUGCGUCUGUCCCUCGACUCGCGACGUGUGGUCCAUGACGAUUCUUCGAUAAGCGGGCGACGCGACCCGUCCCUGCAUGGCGUCUGGAAAUUACGGCAUCAACCGCGUCGAGCAGCCCCAGGCUCUGGCCUGACGUAGCCAUCGUCGCUCAUGGACGCCGUUGACGUGCACCAUCCUGGCAAGCCGCCUGCCUCCGGCAUCACCGCGUCGCCGCCCCUGCGAAACGAUUCCACACGUAACGUCACGUCGCUUAGGCGUCCCACACGGGACUCGAGGCCCAAGAGGUUGGGCAGCUCGGCCGGCAAGGCCGCUGCAUCGCCGCCGAAGCUCUCCUCGGCCAGACUGCCCGCCAGGAUCGCCACCGCCGCCCCCGCGACGACGACAGGUAAACCACUGUUACCAGCCACGGAGCGGCUUUCGCGGGAAGAAAAGGCAUUGCUUCGGCCAGGGCGGGAGGCCGAGGCAGACAAGGACGAUGUUGCUCCAGACGGUUCCUCGGCGGGUCGCGAAGGUCGGCAGUUUACUGUCGCCAACGUGGGUAAUAAUGGGAGGAUUUAUUUGAGACCUACCGUUCGGCUUGCUCACCAGCGUUACCCGCAGCCCAACUUUGUCUUUCCCGUAACGCCUCCAGGCGCCGGGGGGCUAAACCAGUCCGUUCAGGGCAAACCACCUAAGAACCCAAAGGGUGCGAGGCCACCGAAACCGCUCGAGCUAGACUUGAGCCAAUGGACACCGACACCAACCGCAUCGCCUUUGGUCGGGGAGAAGCAGUACUUCCCAGACGCUCGUGGCCUCAACCAUCCCACGAGGCAACGGCGAGCCAUGUCAGACACCACGAUGCAGGAGUACAGCGCUGCCGCUGAGUCGGACAAGGACACGUUCAAAGUCGUCAUUUCGAGACCGGCGGGCGAGGAGCAACGGCCGCGCACCAUGGACGACCUGGACGCCACCGCCGGGCCACUCUUGAACAUCAACAUCCCGUCGUGGCGCAUCGGAACGCCCAGGUUCACCUUGAGAGGCACUCCCAUCAUACGCGGGUCGUCAUAUGCCCCUACCGAGGACAUCAGAUCCAGCAGCGUCUCGCUGCUUGAUCCUUCCUCCAAGGAUUACGGUGUGCUGCUGCCUAAACCACGGCCGCGAGGGAUUCCCCUGGCUGCUACCAGGCCUCCACAGUCACAAGUGCCGUCGCAGCAAAGCCAGCCGCAUCCGCCGCCCUCCCCCAAGCCGUCUCCUCCACCCGUACGGGACACUUACAUAUCCACCCAUUUGGUGAUUGAACCUGGCAUGUUCAACGAUCUGACGUUCGAGCCCGCUUGUGACGACCGCUCCAUUGUUCGGUAUUCCCCGGCUGGCGCGGUAACUGCGGCGACCCCGCCACGCUUGGUUGCUGAGAUCACGUCUCCCAGCUUUCUCGACUACGAACUAAUCUCCGACUUCUUUCUCACCUACAGAGCAUUCUUGGAGCCUGUCAGCCUACUUCGUAUGCUUGUCGCGCGGCUGAGAUGGGCUUUGGCGCGCACGGAUGAGAGGGGGAUGAUAGUUCGGGUGCGGACUUUCGUUGCCGUGCGCCACUGGAUCCUGAACUACUUCACAGAUGACUUUAUAUACGACUACGACCUGCGCGAAACGUUCUGCACCCUGCUCAACGAGUUCGUCGAAGAGGUGUCGCAGGACCAGUCCUCGCGCAAAGUUCAACUCAAGAUUUUGGCCGAGCUCAAAAAGUGCUGGAGACGCAUCUGCGCCCAAUACUGGGAUGGCUCGGAGUUUGACGAUUCUUUGGGGCCAGAGGUGCCCAUUUCGCCGGGCGGCGUGGCCGAAGCUGCGGAGGCCGAGCAAGGAGACAUGGACGCUGCGCCGGUGAACGUCUCCCGAUCCAUGCCCAAAGUCUCUACGAGCACCGAUCCAGAGACACCCUACAUUGAGGGGGAGCAAAUCCUGCCUGUGGGGGACCUGAGUCUCGUAGGGCACCGACCUGGCACCCCUCAGAAUAGGGUGAGCGAUGGAGCCGAGUGGGAGGACGUGGCGGCGGGCUCACCCCUCAGCAUGGCGAGUAUGGACAUUGUCUCGUGCUCGUUUCCAAGCAAGACCCUCAAGGCCCUGAAUCCCAACGCGACGCAGCUCAUGGCGGCACACCCAGUUCCCGCGACGUCGGCCGCCGCUGGGGCCGCCCAAGUGGCAACGACGCCAAAGGCCCUCACGGGCAAGCGCGUGCGUCCAGCUCAGACACACAAGCGGAACAACAGCAUCAGCGACUCGCUGCGAGAUCACGGCUCUGAUAGAUCCUCGUCCCACGACCAGGACCUUUCGACUAUGCUGCCCUCGGCUGGCAGCCUGGUCCGUGGCAACCUGCUGCCUCCAGGCCAGGCCUACGUUGACUAUGAGCCGUUCGGCCCCUAUAGCAGCAACAACCGACAGACAACCAUCUUCCAGCCUAGUGUUCGCGAGCUCCCCAAAUUGAGGAAUGCGGGCGGUGCCAUGUCGGGGAACGGAAUGAAGAAGCUCAUUGGCAGUGUCCGCCGAGCUAUUCGUGCACGCGGCUCGGGCGUCUCUCCAACUGAGGGUCAUUUCAUGACCAUUGCCCCCGUUGGUCCUCGUGGCGCUACCACGAACCGGCUUCCAGGCACUGCCGUUGUGCCCAUGGGGCGCCCCAGAAACCAUGCAGGGCGACCCCCGGUCCGCAUCGACCUCCUCGGAGCAGAAGUUGCCGAAGACUUCAAGAAGGCCGUUCGCGAAGAGGAGGCGGCUGCUCAGGCCGAGGCACAACGCCUAGAAAUGGAUGCGCCACCCAAGUCUGCGCCGCCGUACGGAGGGCAUCCGGAUUACUCGGCUGCUCUCAUGGAUUCGAGCACCUUUGAUGGGCCCUCCCCUGUCCAAAGGCCACGGUCGGUGAGUGACAUGGGAAUCACCGUCGGUAGCAAGUCAAUCGUCAUCGUCGACGACACCGUUCCCUUCGAGAUGGCCCCGCCUCAGGGACACUACCCGACGGUAGCAAAUCCAUCUGUCGACACGUUUGCAGAUGCCUUCAUGACCAGCGCCGCGGACCCUACGCCGCCAAACACCCCUCCUUCCAGCUCCCUUCGAGGGAACACUCCACGGAGAUCGUCGUUUCUCCUCAACCAACAUGUCAGAACUUCAUUGAUUCAAGAUGCUCUGCCUCCUUUCAUCCCGGACUUGGCGACGCUCGAGGGGACACGGAGCACGCGGGGCUCUGAGGAUGCGCCUCGUCCAUCGCUUUCCACGUCGCGCCCGGCAAGGCGCCCACCCGUGAGCGGUGUAGCCCUCCGAAUGCACAAGAAGAGCCGGUCCAAAGGGGCUCCUCGAUCACUCAACUCGAUCAUCCACCGCAACUACAGCUCCUUUGGCAGUGGCAGCGCGCUCCCCGCGACCGUGCUCAGCUUCGACGCAACGACUGAUUCAGGGGCGUCGGCGACUGACGCUGGGUCCGAUGUCCCAAUACCGGCCCCGCUUCAUGUUCUACGAAGGCGCCCCGGGGGAGAUUUGAGGUCUGCGAACCACGUCGCAGAUCUCGACAGGGCCUCGCUGCGGAGAUCCCGAUCUGUGGGCUCGCUCGCAGCGUACACGGAUUCUAUCCGCAGCUCCUAUCUCCUCGAUACACGCCCGGAUUCCGCCGGAAACUCGGGUCCGCUUUCGCCGCGAGCGCAAUUGGACCACGACGGAGCUUUCUCGGUCGGUCAACUUGCGGACAGACAGCCUAUCAAGCGUAACUUAUCUCUUUUCAGCACUCACUCGUCUAAGCCCAUCAUGCGCCCUUCAUUCGAAGCGGAGGCGCAGAAGCUAGCGCAGAUCCCUGACGACGACGAUGACGGAGGGAUUGAGUCCGCGUUGGCGAAGCUCGAGGGCAAAUACGACAAAAAGACCUUCAAGCGGUCAGUGGAAGUGAAGCUGCCUGACGCUGGUGAAGAGGAUGUUGAAAGGGCGCGUAACGAAAGGGAAGCAAGUGUCGUCGAUUCGGAGGCGCUGCGGCAAGAGAAGCAUGAGAAACGGCAUUUGCAUAUCAUGGACGAACAACCCAAUACCGUGGUAGACCAAGCCCCGGACAUGAUGGAUCAAGUACCCCCCAAGGAAAUCAAAGCCACGUCACGAAGGGGGCUAAAAUCUUUCCUCUCCGUUGGCUCCCAGGGGUCAUAUUGCUCUAUCCCCCUUCUUGAAAGGGACUUCACCGACGGCGCUCGGAGCAGAAUCGGCACAAUGGAGUGGACUGACAGGUCCGUCUUGAGAGGCUCCGAUGACAGCGAUUCGCUGGUCGAGGUUGAGCGAGAUCCCGAUGGCGCCGGCGCAGAGCCCGGGCAGCACCUGUCCUUCGACCUAGUCGAGAAGACAGCAAGCAUAGAGCGAAUCAAGUCUGGCGAGCUUGCCCCUUCGGAAACCGAGAAUCAGUCGUUCCUGGACGAUGCCAGCGCAAACGAUACCGACCUGUCCUCGGAACUCUCCGUUGAGGGCAUCGGCGCCGAGGACUCGGACAAUGACUUGUUCGGAAAAUACCAGUCUCCCAACCUCAUAUACAGGCAAUCCACGUCGAGAACAUCCACGCACCAGAUGACCUUGGCUCAAGCUCUUAGCAUGUCACCCGGCCUCUCCAAGAGGCAGGAUGACCGCGACGGCCCGGUUGCACCAGCACAGCCGCUGCUUCCUUCACCAGAGCUGACGCCAACCCUUCCACAGGGCCGCGGGCAUUCAUCACCGGACCUAAAUGAGCCCGGAGAUUCCAACCCUUCGAGGGGGGCGCCCGGCUUUGGUAACAUCCGAAAGUACUCGGUCCAUCUACCCUUCAUCUUGGCCUUUGAUUCGGAUAUUCUCGCCCAGCAGUUCACCCUGAUUGAGAAGGAUGCGUUGAACGAGAUUGACUGGAAAGAACUAAUCGAUAUGAAUUGGAAGAACGCUGCUAGAAGCGACUCUCGUUCGUGGGUACACUACCUGCAAAACAGCGAGGCACAAGGCGUUGAAGUGGUGAUCGCGCGGUUCAACAUCAUGGUCAAGUGGGCCAUCUCCGAGAUCGUUCUCACUCAACACAUCGAGGAGCGCGCCCGAUGCAUCAUCAAGCUUAUCCAUAUCGCCUCUCACUGCCGACGAUACCGCAACUUUGCGACCCUGGCCCAGCUGGCCAUUGCACUGUCUAGCAACGAGAUAUCUCGCUUGACUCAGACCUGGAAGCUGGUGCCUGCGCACGAUGUCAAGACCCUCAACAGUCUAGAGGCCCUGGUCACGCCGAGCCGGAACUUUCAUGCCAUCCGAGCAGAGAUGGAGAUGGGGUCCGAUGCCGGAUGCAUACCCUUUGUGGGCAUUUACACUCACGACCUGCUUUAUAAUGCUCAGCGCCCCUCGGAGAUUGCAAGCUCCCCCAUGACGGCACCGUUGGUUAAUUUUGAACGCUGCCGCAUCGCUGCUGCCGUCGUCAAGACACUUCUCCGCCUUCUGGAAGCAAGUACGAGAUAUUCGUUUGUUCCCAUUGAGGGUAUUACGGAACGUUGCCUUUGGGUUGGCGCCUUGAGCGAUGAUGAAAUCAGACGCCAUUCUGAGAGCCUUGAAUAAACAGACCCGGCCGCCGCAUCUCGAACACAACCAUAAUCCACCAAUACGCCAAAAUUAAUCCGUCAGCUCUUUCGCUAUUGCUCGGGCUCCUUUGUCAAUACUUGUGCUUUGUCCUCUCUCAGAAUGUCGACAGCCAAGAGAGCUGGAUACUUGCCUACAACUCGUCACCUUUAUUUGCCGCUUACGUUCCUCCUUCAAGCGAUUGCAGCCGGGACUACGUUUCAAUGCGAAGUAUCUUGGUUCACCAGCACACACAUACACACGCACACACAUGCACUUGCUGCAAAACCAUCACCACCCACAGAUACCCAAGAAAGGGGAGUUACACGCAGCGCAGCACACUUUUUUUUUUAACGGUCUUAUUUAAACGUGUUUUUCUGUUUCUCUUCCCGAUGGAGGUUGAACCAUGGGAGGUCGCCUUUGAUACCAGGGAACGUUGGGCGAGGGCGCCAUGGGUGGGUGGAUUAGACGGCGCUCGGCUGGCAGCAUCACGAUUUAGCAAUGGGGUUUUUUUUUAUAGCCCCUCUCCUCUUGUAUGUCUGGGCGCGGCUUGGGAGUCCUGACGUUGUCGCGCUAGCCCAACAUUGGAGAAACUUAUCUGUCCAUUCUGGUCAGGAUGGUAAUAAAAGGGGGCCAUGGAGCCCCUGUUGUAAGCUUGCACAGGCAAUGUCCGUGAC